AUGUCUUCCCCCACUGGCACCGCUCCCUCACAAAGCGCCACAAAACGUAAGCGCAGCGACAUCGCACCAUCACCGUCUGCCGCCAUGUCCGUAGAAGAGAACGCAGUCAUCCAGCCCGAGUCGCGCGACGCCUCGGCCGAAGAGGGCGACACCGCCGCCGAAGCUGCCCGGACCGCCAAGCGCCCGCGCCCCGAUACCGAUGGCCCCUCUUCGACUGCUACCGGCGCCGCUGCCGCCCCCACAUCUGUAGGCGACCCCCGAGAGCCGAGAGAUACCAUCGAAGCCAGUGCUGACAUCGCGGAGCCCGUCUCCCGCAAGGAAACCUCUUCCAGUAAGCCGGAUGGUCCCUCCGCCACGGCCAUGCCGCCACCGCCCAUCGGCCAGAUUGUCCAUCCCAAGGGUUAUCGGACUAACCCCCCGCCCACGGGCCGCCCCGUGCGCGUGUACGCCGAUGGCGUGUUUGAUCUUUUCCAUCUUGGUCACAUGCGCCAGCUCGAGCAGUGUAAAAAGGCCUUCCCCGAGGUCUACCUAAUUGUGGGCGUUACGGGCGACGAGGACACCCUCAAGUACAAAGGUCUUACUGUGCUGUCGGCCAAGGAGCGCGCCGAGACAGUGCGCCAUUGCCGUUGGGUCGACGAGGUUAUUGAGAAUUGCCCGUGGAUCGUCACUCCUGAGUUCUUAGAGGAGCACCAGAUUGACUAUGUGGCCCACGACGACAUCCCAUAUACCUCGGGCGACAGUGAUGAUAUUUAUGCGCCCAUCAAGGCCGCUGGCAAGUUUUUGGUCACCCAGCGUACCGAGGGCGUGAGCACCACGGGCAUCAUUACUAAGAUCGUCCGCGACUACGAGAAAUACAUCGAGCGCCAGCUCAAGCGCGGUGCCUCUCGCCAGGAACUCAACAUUAGCUGGCUCAAGAAGAAUGAGCUAGAGCUCAAGCGCCACGUGCAGGACUUGCGCGACAACAUCCGCCAGAACUGGGCCACCACUGGUCAGGAGCUCAGCCGCGAGCUGCGCAACUUCUGGCCCUCGUCGCGUCCCCAGAGUCCUGCCCGGCGCGGCGGGAAUCUGAGCAAUAACAGCAACAAUGACCACAGCCAGAGUGGCAGCGACCCGAUCAGUCCCGUCAGCCCGACUACUCGGAUGGGUACCCGGAGCCCAAACUCGGAGACGAGGACCGCGGGCGAGCGUGCCACGAGCGGGAUGAAUGAUUUUAUCACGGGUUAUACCCUUGGGUUGAUUGGGGGUGUGCGGUCAUGGAUGACCAAGUCCCGUCGCGCAUCCCGGCAAGAAGAGAACAACAAUCAUGCUAAUAACGCUGCUGCAACCGGCGAAGAGGCCGAGUCGAGCAUCGUCGCCGCCGAGGCUACCACGAGCCGGUCAUAG